GAACUCGCUCACUUACUCAGUUGCCGUGGUGUGUGGCGUGGUGUUGUGUCUCUGAGUCUGUCAAAUGUCAACGUUGAAGAUAUUUUUGGGUUCAAUGUUGCUGUUGCUCGGCUGGUUGGGUGGCAGCAGCAUUGAGGCACGCUAUGUGCCACAAAUGCCACAUAUUUGCAAUUUGCCACCGCCACAUGCCGAUGGCAUUUGCACCAUUGAGAUCGAGGGCUUCUUUUAUGAUCCUGCCACAUUGGACUGCCAGAUGUACACUAUUGGGGCUUGCCACGUGACUCCUGGCCAGAGUUUUGGCAGCCAGCAGGACUGUAUUGACACGUGCAUCCACGGCCAUCGCCGUCAUCCGGAUUACUAUAGAAAUAAAUGAACCUGAAUCCGAUUUCAAUUCGAUGAUCGAAUAAACAAACAUAAAUGAAAACAGUUUACAGUUCUGCGUCUACUAUAAAUUAAACUGCGUCUAAUCUAAUUCAAUUUGUUGAUUUUGUCAAUAAAAAUCUUUGGCCUGACUGAUCUGUUACGUAA